CCCUCUUUCCUGUGGUGGAUCUUGAAUUCUCAUCUCUGGCUUCCUAACAUUGUGCCCUGUGUGAUGAGGCAUUAGAAACUGCUGCUGUUGCCAGCAAUCAUGUUGGGUACCACCAAUACUGUGAAGAGCCUUUCCUUUUGUGGACACUCAAAGUUCAUCCCUCAGCGCUUGUAGUCGAAUCCCUGUCAGGGAGAUGUUGCUGAGGGGCUGGCAGGGCCCUGGUGCCUCCGCGGGAUUGCCGAUGGCGUUGCUGCUGUUGCUCAGUCUGGGUUUGGUUGUCCGAGCCUCGGAAAUCACCUUCGAGUUAGCAGAUAACGCUAAGCAGUGCUUCUAUGAGGAGAUCGUGCAGGGCACCAAAUGCACCCUGGAGUUUCAGGUGAUCACUGGAGGACACUAUGAUGUUGACUGCCGCUUAGAAGAUCCAGAAGGCAUGGUGUUAUACAAAGAGAUGAAGAAACAAUAUGAUAGCUUUACCUUUACUGCAUCCAGAAAUGGAACAUACAAAUUUUGUUUCAGCAAUGAGUUUUCUACCUUUACACACAAAACAGUGUACUUCGACUUCCAGGUUGGAGAUGAUCCACCUCUGUUUCCUAGUGAAAACAGAGUUACUGCACUUACUCAGAUGGAGUCGGCGUGUGUUUCAAUUCAUGAAGCUCUAAAAUCUGUCAUAGAUUACCAGACUCAUUUUCGGUUGAGAGAAGCGCAAGGCCGCAGCAGAGCAGAAGAUUUAAACACACGGGUGGCUUAUUGGUCAGUAGGAGAAGCCAUCAUUCUUCUUGUAGUUAGCAUUGGGCAGGUAUUUCUCCUCAAAAGCUUCUUCUCAGACAAAAGAACCACCACAACUCGUGUUGGAUCAUAACUCAUGUUGAGAAAAUGUUUCAAACCCACUGUUUGUAAAAUAUAUAUAUAUAUAUAUAUACUGUUCUUCAAAUAAUUUCUAGUUCUAAAGCAAUUAAGCACGGGGAACAUUUUAAGUACCUUUGCCCUUCCCUCUCCACUUAAAGUUGCAAGACACACAUUCCCCAAAAGCUGUGGGAAACGGCAACUUUUUGUUAUAUAUAGGUUUUCUCAUUCUGUUUGUAUGUGCUGAGACAUCUAAGUUAAGAUUGCUAUUUUUUUUACUAAUGAGACUAUCUGGUAGGAAUGUAAUGCUUUAAAGAAAAUUCUUUAAAUGAUGAUUUGGAAGAUCAUCCGUAUAAAAAAUGGGCAGCAGUCUGAUCCCCCCCCCCAGUUUGGAAGGUGUAGGAAUAAACAAAGAAAGCAAAUGUGAUCAACCGUAGUCUCAGAGCCUUGCACUGCACUGUUAUGAUUUGCUGUGGAAACUCUGGUCUCAUUUUUUUGCAGAACCAUUUCUGGGGGAAGGGGGUGUGUCUUAUUUUACAGUACUAAAUUUUAGACUGAGAAUUCUGUGGGCAACCAAUUCUCUGUACAUUGAAAAAGGCUGUGUGGUUUACUGCAUUUUUUCUUUUUAAAUUAAACAAAUGGGGAGUAUGUCUUGUAAUUCUUGGAACUGAGUCAUUGAGCUUGUGGUGGUGCUGCUGCUGCUUUAAAGCACUGAAAGUUAACAGGCUGUGACACAAGAGAUCUAUACUCUGUCAGUCCCACUUGAAAUCAAUAAAGUGCACUGGGUUAAAUAACUUGUGACUCAAAGCCAAUCUUGCAGAUUCUUUAUUGCUUAUGUAGUCCCGUGGGACUACAUUGGCCUAAGUGGUUCCAGGAUUGUAAUCUAAAAUAAGUGAUUUAUUAAGCAACAUAUGUACAAAUGCUGGGCAUGGUUGUAUAACACCUGUGAACACUUACAUUUGCCUAUUAACAAUUUUUGGAAAACUGGGUGUAAUACAGUAAUAUGUUGCCCUGCCCUGGCUGCUACCACUUUUGGGUUAGAGGUCCACUUGGUGGUUUAUAUACUUCAGAGUAUGUGGGAGUUUCUUGACAUAUAGCAGGUAUUCUUUUUUGCUCAUGCCUGCUAGAGAGCAUCUUGUAUACUUCUGUAGGUGUGCAAGGUGGUUUGAAACAGUAGAAUGUGAAAUCGCAGUAUAAUGAACAUUGCUACCCCAAUUAUACAGCACAUCUGUUUGAAAGUAGGCCUAAAUGAUUUCAGCAGAACUUGCUUCCAAGUAUUUAUAUUUUCUAUUGGAGAAUAAAGCGUGUCAGAAAGAAUAAAGAUAUGUGAUUUCCAGUGUUUGUAAGCAUAUAAAUACCACUAAGCUCAAAAGCUUACAAUCACAGAAAUCUUACCUGUGUUCAAUUGUCAUCUUAUAUAAUGUUGUCUCUCUACUUUUGUAGAUGGUAAGAUACCAAUCCUGGAAAAAAACAUGAUUACAAAGUUUCCUGUCUUUCAGUACUCUGUGUGAACCUAGUCUAUAGUCUUGAAUUUGAAGGCUAAUGUAGUAUUAAAGGGAGGUGAAGAUGUGCUCUUAACAUGAGCAAUUCAACAUCCACAUUUUUAAGCUUCUUAGUUUGAUUAGUUAUCGAAGCUGUUUAAAAUGUCUACUUCAUUACCACAUAGUGUGUGGGUGUGGCUUUUUAGAUACAACACUGAUUGUAUAUUAGUGGCAGGGAAGAUUGCAGUGCUGUACUAGUUAAAGUCCUGCAGAAAUAACUUGGUGUACAAUGUUUUUGUCUCCCACUUAGGCCUGCAUAAAAUAAACUUCUUGACUGUA